AUGGUGGUCAACAAGUGGCGGCAAAAAGAAAAGCUCAAAACCACGGCGGUGGCACUGGUGCUGUGUCUCAACAUCGGGGUGGACCCGCCGGACGUGGUGAAGAUCUCGCCCUGCGCGCGCCUGGAGUGCUGGGUGGACCCCCUCAGCAUGCAGCCUGCCAAAGCGUUGGAGACCAUUGGUGCGCGGCCAGGCGGCAAUGCGGGCGCAUGCAAGAACCUCCAGGCACAAUACGAGCGGUGGCAGCCCCGGGCCAAGUACAAGAUGCACCUGGACCCGACCCUGGACGACGUCAAGAAGCUCGCCGCGUCAUGCCGCCGCACAGCCAAGCAGGAGCGCGUGCUGUUCCACUACAACGGCCACGGCGUGCCGCGCCCCACGGUCAACGGCGAGAUAUGGGUCUUCAACAGCAGGCAAGCAGCGGGGGCGGCAGAGUUGAGGGAUGCGACAGAAAUACACGCAGUACAUCCCGCUCUCAAUCUAUGA